AGAAGGUGGUCCUCCUCCCUGGGGUGAAAAACACCGUCCAGAUUCAGGAGUGCGACUAGACAACUGUGGGAAGUUUCUCAACACUUUCAGACGCUUACUAAACAAACUACCAGAACCGGUAGUUAGGCUGACGAAUUGCCAUCGAGGUUGGCGGCGGAUUUUUGCGGUGUUUGAGUCGGGAACUGAAGUUGGGAAAGUGUGGGGUGAAAAUGGAGAGCCCAGCUGAGUGAGAGUGAGGCAGAGUGGGGUGAGGAGGCUGGAUUUGGCAGGAGCUGCUGCUAACAGGCUAAUUAGCAUGGUCACACACUUCUCCGCGUCACUCCUUCACAGCCAACAAUUCUCCCUGGGGGUUGAUGCUGUUUAAUCAAGACUGUUGCUGACUCUGAAGCUUCUCCUAAUGGAUCAAAGGACAGACGAUGGCUGCGUUUUCCCUGGAAGUUCUGCAUGAGUCCUGAGGAUAACGUUUUCGGAGAGGCUUCCUGUCCCAGGCAAACACCUCAUUCAUCGAAUCAAUUGUUCUGUGCUGUUGGCUUCUGUAGGGUUUGUACUAAUGCAGUCUUGUUUAAUGGGAGCCUGGUAGGUUCCUGAAAGGCUUUUGGGUUUUCUUGGACAGCCAAGAGAGCUGCGCCAAAAAAAGAACAGCACAAAGAACAACAACAAGUAAUCCUGACUGAAUACACUCAUUUAUGGGCUGUAUUGAGGUGUCGUAUUCAUGAAACGCAGCUGCUGAGGCCAGCUCACCUGGACUUGGAUGGGAGUGAUCAGCCUCAUUUAUGAACGUCGGUUUGAGCUUGGGUACAGCCUGGAUGUCAUCGGCCUGUUGAAUCAGCUGUUGCGGUGAUGAGGCAGGACUCCUGGUGGCCUGUGUGGCUGGCUGGGCAGUGGCCCGAGGUGAUGUGAUGGGGUGCCGGAACAGCAAGGUCCUCCCUGAGCCUCCAGGGGAUGUUCAGUUGGAUCUGGUCAAAAAGGUUGAUCCUCAGCCUCCUCAGACGGAUAUUUAUAAGCACUUCAUACGAGGGGAUGGCACUGGAAGCAAGACUGGCGAGGCUGGAGGCGUGGCAGCUGAAAAGCCUGACCACUCUUGCGCAUAUCAAUGCCAAGCACAGGCUGCCACUCCCACUUCCGCUUCAGCUCUGAUUCCUAAAGACCCCUCCAAAUUGUCGCACCCACAGCGAAAGAAGGUGGCGAAGUACCGAGCCAAGUUUGACCCCCGAGUCACGGCUAAGUAUGAGAUAAAAGCCCUCAUAGGUCGUGGGAGUUUCAGCCGAGUUGUCCGGGUGGAGCACAAGAGCACGCGGCAGCCGUACGCCAUCAAGAUGAUCGAGACCCGUUACCGCGAGGGCAGGGAGGUGUGUGAGUCAGAGCUGUGCGUCCUGCGUCGGGUUCGUCACACCAACAUAAUCCAGCUGAUGGAGGUGUUUGAGACGGCAGAGCGUGUCUACAUGGUCAUGGAGUUGGCCACAGGAGGGGAGCUCUUUGACCGCAUCAUUACUCGCGGUUCCUUCACAGAGCGAGACGCCACCCGGGUGCUGCAGAUGGUGCUGGACGGCGUCAAGUAUCUCCACGCUUUGGGGAUCACUCAUCGGGACCUGAAGCCAGAGAAUCUGCUGUACUACCACCCUGGAGCCGACUCGAAGAUCAUCAUCACCGACCUCGGUUUGGCUAGCAGCCGGAAGAAAGGAGACGAGUGUCUGAUGAAGACCACCUGCGGCACACCGGAGUACAUCGCCCCAGAGAUCCUAGUUAGGAAGCCCUACACAAAUGCCGUGGACAUGUGGGCAUUGGGGGUAAUAUCGUACAUCCUGCUGAGCGGAACCAUGCCCUUCGAGGACGAUAACCGCAUGAGGCUCUACCGGCAGAUUCUGAAGGGGAAGUAUAGCUUUUCUGGAGAGCCGUGGCCCAGCGUGUCCAACCUGGCCAAAGACUUUGUCGAGCGGAUUCUGACAGUGGACCCCAGCGAGCGGCUGACGGCAGGCCACGCCCUCAAGCAUCCCUGGAUUGUCAGCAUGGCGGCGGCCUCCUCUAUGAAGAACCUGCAGCGCUGCAUAUCUCAGAACCUCUUGAAACGCGCCUCGUCGCGCUGCCAUAGCACGAAGUCAGCCCAGUCCACGCGCUCCAGCCGCUCCACCAAGUCCAACAAAGCUCGCAGGGUGCGAGAGAAGGAGCUGCGCGAGCUGAACCGUCGCUAUCAGCAGGAGUAUAACGGCUGAAAGCUCUGCUGCGGCCCUUUGACUCAGAAACGUUUGGUCUCAGAAAUGACUGAAAGAACAUUCCCAAUCGUAAAAAGCCAAAAACACCUGAAAGGUGGUGCUUUGCUACAAACAUUCCUACCAGUUCAAUGUGCUGAAACAAGAAGUGAAGACUAUAAAUCGAAAAACUGAAGAUGCAGGUUGGAUCAUUUGGUUGUUUCUUCUUCACCUGUGUCACUAUUUAUUUAUUGUUGUGACAAUAAAUCUCCAUUCAAACGGUCGCUGGGUAAUGACCUUCCAAAUGGAUGUGUUGAACAGAGUUCUGGACAUUGAUGUUUCUAGGAAGCAAUGGGGUGAUUCUCACGAACAUGGUCCGACUCGUAGCAAAAAUUAAAAAACAUUAUAUACACACAAAAACACUCACUCUUUAUAAAAUGGAUACUAAUUUUACUAUUCACUGUAAAAUUAUAAUCUAUAUGCACAUUUUCUAGGUAUUUUUAAACAUUUUAUUCUAACUUUGAGCAAAUAAAUUCAUUACCGUAACACAAUUUCCAUGAAGAAAUUUGAAACCACAAAACUUUUUUUUCACAUUUUUUGGACACCAAGGACUUCAGUGUGCACAGAGAGACGGAUAUAAUCAAAAAUAGGCAUUUCUAGCUAAAUGUUUUAUUUUACUGCAAAAAAUAAUUUCAUCACCGUAACAGUGAUGCAAAUUUCAAAGUUAAUUUUGAUUGUAAUUUUGUAUCAAAUCAUUACAUUGAAAAAACAAUAUAACCAUAGUAUAAAGGAUCUGGCACAUUUCAUCAAGGGAUUAAAAUAUAAAAGUAAUUCAUAUAACUAAUCUAAAUAAAUCCUCAUAAAGUUAACAUAGCGGUAAUGAAAAAACAUGUCGGUAAUGAAUAGCAAUGUUUCGGUAGUGAACCCUUCAUAACUAUAUUAAUAGUGAACUACACAAACAAUAAAAUACCCUAGUAAAACAUACAUUUGCAAAUUUUAUUUAAGUUUAUUAAGUCGACAUUCACAAACUGAACAGAAAAAUAGUCCCAUAUUUGCGUCAUAGUGCUUACAGUAACAGCUAUAAGGACUAGGAAGUGAAUCGGAAGUGUCUUGCUGAUAAACAGGUAGGGAGUGGUUCAGAAAUAGUACAAACUGAAGUAAUAUUCAUUUAAAAUAAAUGGACAACAUUACAAUAGUGCUAUAGUGCACUGUUUAAAAGUGUUCAUAUUUGUGAAUUUGUUUGAAGCAAAACAAAUUCACAAAAGACAAUGGGAAACAAUGAGUUUGAUUUAGGGUAAAUGCAAAAGCAAACAAGGCACAGGGAGAAAAAAAGAUAUUGAACUAUAUUCAAAAUAACAGGAGACACAACUGGGAAAUGACUGAAUUAAUGUAUUUUUUCAACUUUGUGCUAGCAAAUUUCUAGUGAUACAACACUGUGUGAAAAAGAAGAAUACAAAACCCCACUCAGAUAAACAGGAAACAAUGCUAGUACACAAGAAAUCACAUAUUUCAUAAGUUUUUUUAAAAAAAAAAUCCUUCUCAUUAACACUGGUAAAUGACAAUGUAAGAGGGCCAUUGUAGAUAGGAAAAAAGAGUAAAUUUCUGCCAAAAAAUGUAAUUUUAUUUUUAAAUGUCAGAAUCUUUCAGAGUUUUGAGUUCAAGAAGUCAAACAAUUUACUACAAAAACCCAUGAAAUUUUGAGAUUAAAAUCAGAAAUUUUUGAGAAACAAAUGUGGAACCUUCUGAGUUUCAAAAGUUACAAAUUUACUUGUAUAUUCUACAAAAUGUGAGAUUUUUUGGUGGAAAUUUUUUCCAUCCUUUGUUUCUAUUUACAGCUGCCUUAAUAUGCCAAUGUAGCUAAUAAUUCAUUGGACUUUCUUUUUGAACUUGGCCCAGAUUUCUGACACCACACAGAAGUGUCUUGCGGAUGAAGAGGUAGGCAGUGGUUCAGGAAUAAUUUCUUUGAUGUCAUCCAAAUAAUACCACACCUUCUCACCAGCAGAUCUUAUUGAUGGGAUGUAGAAGCGGUUGUCUCCCGCACAGCUCAUUGUCUCAACCUCAUACUGACCACUGGCAAUCUGGAUUAAUGAACCAAAAAAACAUUUAUCAACUGCGUUUUUCAAAGACAAUUUGAUUAUUACAUGAUCAUUACCUCCACAUUACAUGUUGACAAUCUGAAUCCAAUACUUGCACACAUGACUUCCCAUUCUCCACUCAGUCUUAAACCUACCUGUGUUACUGUGCAAGUAUAGAGGUCUCCGUCAUAGUCCACAAGGACCUACUUUGAUGGUCUCUUCAGAUUCCCUUUGAGUGAAAACGAACUCCUUUGGGGAGAAGCAGUCACAAGAGUGACCACAGAAGCAGGAGACCUCUCGAGAUCUAAUAUUUCCUGGUUCAGUAGCAACAACCUGUGGAGACAUUAUGUUUAGUUUUAUCUGCAAAAACAUGAAAAGGUCAGGUCUAUAUAACAUUUUUUGUAAUUUUUCACACCCUAGCUCUUGAUUCCGCCCUCUUCUGUCCACUUCCUUUUGCGCCUCAUAUUAGGUGAUAUCAAUUAGCAUAAGAAUUUAGCCUAAAAAAAUGUAAAGUGUAAUAAACAAUAACAUUACAGUGUAAAUAACCUAUACAUUUAUCUAUUUAUUAUUGAAAAAUGACACUGUAACCUUAUUUCUCAUUACCGCAACAGGCCUCAGAUUACGCGGUAAUGAAAGUUACGCAUUACGGUAACGAACGACAUCCACAUGAGCUGGCUUAAAAUUCUAGCAUGUCGUGAUGACUUAGUUCAACUUUUCUCACAAACAGUGUGAACUCCCUAACUUCUUCUGUACAAGAAAGUAUCUUAUUAAUAACUUUUUAAGAACAUGAGGUAUUAUACUUUACGGUAAUGAUCACCUAUAGUGUAAAAAUAGGCAUAUGGAAGGAGAAGCUUAACAGUUAUCAUGAUCAAAAGAUGUCAAACAAUCUUACCUUGUAGCCAUCUUUUGUCUUCUCUUCUUUGUGGUGCAUCAUGGGUCACAAUAACUUUAUUUAAAAAGAAAGCUGUGAAUAUUACAGGACUUUGAACACGGUAUAGGUAAUGAGAGUUGCACCUCCAGACACUCACUUUUAUUAAAAUAUUCUGAAUUACUUAACAGAAAAUUAUUAUAUAUUAUCAUAUUUUAUUCAUUUAUGUAUAUUUAAACAAAUUUACGAUAUUUUUUUUAUAAAUCUGCUUGAUUAUUUAUAAUGAUAAAUUGAGGCGAAAGCAUUUUUUCCCCCUGAGGACGCAUUAAGGUAAUGAAUUUGCGACUCCAAAAACAGUUAAAAAACAUUAAAAGACUUAUUUUAGUAACUAACAAUGAUCUGUGCCAAAUAUUAGAAAUAAUGAUUGUCCAAAUUAAAGUGUAUUAUUUUGAUUUUUUUAUGAGUAUGCCCCUAAAAUCUUCUAAGACAUUCGAUAGGUUGGGUUCGUGAGAAUCACCCAGUGUGUUCUUUGAAGUAGGGAGGAACAAAUUCUCCCUUUUUGUUUCCAAUCAAAAGUGCUGUGAAUUUAUUGUUGAACUCUCUGUACAGACCUCAUGAUGUUGUUGGUACUCAGAUUAUAGUAAACCAUAAUCACCAUCUGAAGGAUAGCAUGAAGGCUUAUUUUUAGUUUGUUAGAUGUUUAACUAAUCAGUUUUAUUCUGAACUGGUUCCUGAACUGUCACAAGAUUGUGAAUCUGUUAUCAUUGAAACUUAGGUGUAUUAAACACUAAAAUGUUCCCCACCUUCAACUCCUCCUGCUGUUAUCUCUCCUGUAAAGCAAACAGCUGCACUGUUUUGUUGAGUUAUAGCUGCACAUUAUAAAAGAAAUCACAUUCAGAAAAAACCUUCUGAUUCAUUGGCUGCAUCAGCUAAAAGUUUAAACUUCACUUUUUUUUCCUGUUGCGAGAAACAAAUUAAGGCAUCUUAUCAAGUGUGUCACAUUUUGAGUUUUAUAAAGUCUAAGUGUUUGGUUCUCAAAUAUUUUCCAAGUGAAACUGUACACAUGCGCUUCCUAGUGUUUUUAAGAGUAAUAUAGAAUUUUAAUACAGAUUUGUAUUUUUCAAUAGGGCUCAGUUGAGGGGUUAUCUGCAGACAGUCUUACUCAUUGUAAAAAGAAAAAGAAAAAAUACCGUUGUGUAUUUAUUCCGAAUGAAUAAAAAUUAGGGUUUCAAGAAGUCAAUGCCAAAAUGUGACACCAGAGGUUAGCGAAAUCCAAUGAACCCUUGCAGACAAAAAAAGUAUUAAAAUUACUCUGUGUUUUCAGAACAGGACGGAACAUUUCAAAAUACAGCUAACUUUGUUUUUAGUUGGAGAAAGUCUACACUUUCUUUUGUAGCUUGUGAUCAAUAAGCUCUUUUUUAUGUUUACGGAAUCUACCCUAUGUUAAAAAGUAAAGCAGGUAAAUUGCAGUCUUAAUUCCAUAACAAGACUAAAUGUAUUUUGAUUUCAGAUGUGAAAUUUCUGUCCUGUUUCUCUGGUGGAAUAUGUGAUGAAAUUAAACUCUUAUAUAAACAGA